AUGUCAACAGAAAUAUUAUAUGAAAAAAAUAUGGGUACAAAGGAGAAGCUGAAAAUGUACACUAAACGAAUAUUUUUCGGCAUUGGAAUGUUCACUGGUUUAGCUUUGCUUGGGUUUCUUCUAGUGAUCAUAAUUUUAUUGAUUUCUGCAUUUAUUAAAAACUUAAAUGCAGACACUAUGGCGUACUACAAUACAGAAUCUGGCGAAAUGACUCAAAGUUUCUUCUCAAAUUGGGUAUCAAACAAGAAUCAGAGUACAACAGUCAUCAAUACUGAUGAAAUUGCACGAAAAUUAGAAGCAGCUUACGGUAUCAAAUCAGGUUCGAUCCGUAUUAAUACUAUUAUGAUCAGUAAUUGUGAAAGAAAUUUCGAUGAUCGUCGUCGUCGCCGUCAACUUGACAGAAAAAAGUCUGAAAUACCUAGAUGUGACCGGUUGGGAUCUGAUUGCUCAAUUAUAGAAAUAGCAAUGAAUAUAAUCUAUCCAGCAAGAUGUGGCAUAUCUAUGUCUUGCAAAAAAGAAUUUGCUGAUGUUAUUCAAGGUCGUAUUGCUGCAUAUAUUUCAAAUAUUUUAGUAGAAUUCAAAUUUGCUGACGGAAGUUCCAAUGAACUUGCGUUGACCAGAUUUCAUAAAUUAAUUGGUCAUAUAAUGUCGUCUGUUGUAAUAAUAUCAGUUUCGUCAGCAAUAUCACAAUUUCGUAGUGAAGAAACUUAA